CUGAUGUUCUUUCUACGCCCGCUACCCUCCUCCUCCAACACCCUGAAGACAUACUUCCCUGACGUCAAGUUUAAUCGCUGCGUCACCUCCCAGCUCAUCAAGUUGGUUUCAGUAACUUCCGGGAGUUCUUCUACAUCCAGAUGGAGCGCUUCGCCAGGCAGGCGGUCCGUGAUCGCGUGCCCAGGGAGGGGGGCUCCGGGGCUGGGCAGGGAGGGCCGCGAGGGCCCCGGGCUGGCCAGGGACCCCCAGGUUCGCCUGGGCAGGGACACAGAGCUGUAUCGCAUCCUGAACAUGCACUACAACAAGAGCAACGACUACCAGGUUACACACGUGUUGU